AUGUUCAAAAAGAGACCCAACAUCAAACCUCUCAGCCCGCUGAAGUCGUCGGAUCGCCGGAGGACCGCCGACCAGAUCAUCUCAGAAUUCGGCAUCGAGGUGCCCGUUGAUGAAAGCUCCGACAACCCAGAGAACAAGACGGCUCCUACACCUGCUCUAACAGCCCUGCGAAAGUCCCUCUUGCCCGAAAAUGCAUUGUCGGCACGCUUCACCACUACUGCAGGACCAGAUCUGAAGCAGGUCUCGGGCACUGUAUACGUGGGCAGUCACGAAGGCACCAACAACGAAUCCCGCAUAUUAUGGGUCAAAUACAACGAUAAAAUGUAUCCUACAGUCUAUACCUUAUGGCACAAUCCUCGUAUCCUACCGCUCCUCUACACCCCACAAUUCGUCGUCGAGAAACUCCAGGGCGGUGCAGACCUCAUGACCCCCGGUCUGCAACGCGGUCCUCCUUUCCCAGUCAGGGCAACAAAAGGCGCUAUAGUGGCUGUUGCGUCUCUGGAAUCACCGACAGUUCCGAUGGCGGUCGGUACUUGCGAAAUCGACGUCAGCUCGUUGGACAACGUACAAGGAAUGAAGGGUCAUGCCGUUUCUACCUUCCACUGGGCAGGGGAUGAGCUUUGGGCAUGGAGUUCGGAAAGCAAGUCCGGAAUUAAUCCACCCCAACAUAUCGAAGGCUGGAAUGACGCGAAGGACCAGGUUGGAGCACUUGCGUCCCAGACUGAAACUUUGAAUCUGGAGAACGAAGAUGGCGGGAUAACCCUCGACAACUCGCCAGCAGAGAGAUCAGAUGCGGAAAAGGCGCAAGGGCUUGAAGGCGAAGACCCGCCUUCACUAAAGGACUCUGCUGAGAUGGUGGAUGAACAAGAGUUGUCACAAAAAGAAAUCGAUGACGCUUUCCGAAACGCUUUCCUUUUUGGAGUACGAUAUCACAUGGAGCACCAUAGAAACCACCCUUCCCACGGUCUCGAAUUCCCUCUGUCACAGUCCAAGGUCAUGUCCCUUCUGGUACAGCCCUUCUUACCGACAUACACCGCCUCCAGAACCGCCUCAUUGCAGAUCAAGAAGACAAGUUGGAAAAAUAUCCGGAAAUUCAUAAAAUAUCUUGACAAACAAAAAAUCAUCAAGUCCAAGGAUCAAAACGGCAAUGAAGUAGUAAUUCUCGAUAUCGACUUCAAAGACCGUCAAGUCGAGGCCUUUGUACCCUAUCGACUGCCCAAAAAGGAUGACCCCACUUCAUCAACUGUGAAUGGCAAACCAGCAGCACCCCUAGCUGCUGAGUCCUCAGUGGGUCAAAAACUCAAAGUGCUAUCUUUGCUCCGGCCCAAGGAGAAGGCUGCGCCGAUUCUGGUCGCCACAAAAUCAGACCCGCGGGGACUUUAUACACCAUCAGAGCUCAAGCAAAUCUUGACCACAUACAUCGAGGCGGAGAACCUGGUAUCUCCUAAAAAUAAGCGUCUCAUCAAUAUCAACCCACAACUUGCUGAUGCACUUCUCGGAUCAUCGGCUGCAGACAACGCGGCACUUGCAUCUGGAUCUAUAGCCCGCGACGCGCUUGCUGAACGGAUGGUGGCCGCCUCGUCGCCUUUCCAUACGAUCCUCCGCAACGAUGCUCGUAUUUCCGAGUCGAAGCCAAAAGCAGGAGCGCCACCCAAGGUACACAUUACCAUGGAGAAGCGUAGCGGCUCUAAGACGGUUACACGAGUCAGCGGACUCGAAGUCUAUUAUAUUGCGCCGCAACCGCUAGCGGACGAACUCAAGAAGACGUGCGCUGGUAGCACAAGUGUGGAUCAGCUUCAGGGCAGCAGUCCAAAGAAUCCGGUCAUGGAAGUCAUGGUACAGGGGCCACAAUCAGAUGCCAUUAUCAAGGCUCUGGAAAAGAGAGGCGUCAACCGAAACUGGGUGGAGGUUUUGGAUAAGACCAAGGGAAAGAAGAAAUGACGGAAUCAAUCGGAAAAUGCGAAUAUGUGACGAUAACAAUUUCGAAUAAUAAGGUAUGGAAGUCAUGUCGCCGUUCAAUCAACUGUAUGAGAGCAUGCUCUGCUCUCACACCAAGAGAAAAGUUGAGUAUUAUCGGCCUAGUUCAUGGGAUACCCUAUGCUUCUUUGCUUUAUUGAAUCUAUCGUAUUCUAUACCAAUUAUUACCUUACGCCGUUAGAGUUGGACGAGAUCUUCUCUCAGAUAAAUUUGUUGAAAUCAUCUACCCGUAGUUGAUCUUCGACUUAUUCUGACCCAAAAAGAAUUAGGACCGAUGUAUUUAAAGAAAUGUCAGACAAUGCAACAUGUAUCUCUGAAUCACAUUCUCGGACAGACCACCCAAUAAUUCCUCUCUCUCUCUCUCAAUGUUAGGUACGCUGAGCAGCGACGCCACAUGUUGUUCUAUAGCAGCGGUUGCCGCCACUCCAGGAUCUUGGCCCUUUUCCUGCUCUUCAAAUGGUAUUCAGACAUGCUUAUCAGCAGCAUAUACGCAUAUGGAUUACGGUCGCCCUCAGCAUCGACGGCCGCUUAUUUCGUGCUGCUAUAGCCUUUCA